AUGUUUAGCUGUGACUGUUUUUCGUGGAACAGUGUUCCUGAAUCCUACCCUUCUGAGCCAGAGCCCUUCUCUCUGCCAGCACCUCUUCCACAAUGGCCACAAGGUACUGGUUUUGCUAGAGAAAGAAUAAGCCUUGGAAGCAUAGAAGUUUUCAAAAUAAGGAGGUUUGAAAGAGUUUGGAGCAGCCCAAGUUCGCAUGGUAAAUCUCACGAUUUCGUAUUUUACAAACCGUUGGAGAUUCCAGUUGAUUUUUUCUGCCUUGGUUACUAUUGUCAGUCCAAUGAUCAGCCAUUGAGAGGACAUGUUCUUGUGGCUCGUGAAACUUCUUCUGAACCUGAAGCUGAAUCUCCAGCUCUUAAAAAACCAAUUAACUACUCUUUGAUAUGGACCGCUGAUUCACCACAUGAUGGAUGUGGUUAUUUUUGGUUGCCAAAUCCUCCAUUGGGAUACAAAGCAAUGGGCAUAGUGGUUACUAACAAACCAGAUGAACCUGAAGUUGAAAAAGUUAGAUGUGUAAGAGCCGAUCUGACAGAAACUUGCGAGACUUGUGAUCUAUUACUAUCUAUGAACUCCAAGUUUUCCAAAAUUUCAUUCAAGGUUUGGAACACUAGGCCUUGUAAAAGAGGGAUGUGGAGUAGAGGUGUAUCAGUUGGAACAUUCUUCUGCAGCACCUAUUCUAACUAUGAACAAGUGGCAGAUAUUGCUUGCUUGAAGAAUCUUGACUCCACCUUACAAGCCAUGCCAAACAUAGACCAAGUUCAUGCACUCAUUAAUCAUUAUGGCCCCACUGUGUACUUCCACCCUGAUGAGAAAUACUUGCCAUCAUCAGUGCAAUGGUUUUUCAAAAGCGGAGCACUUGUGUAUUCAAGAGACAAUGAGAAGGGUAAAGCAAUAGAUUACCAAGGAUCAAACUUACCAAGUGGGGGAACAAAUGAUGGAGCUUUUUGGAUAGAUUUGCCUACUGAUAAUGAUGCUAGAAAUAAUGUAAAGAAGGGAGACAUAGAGAGUGCAGAACUCUAUGUUCAUGUAAAACCAGCUUUGGGAGGAACAUUUACUGAUAUUGCCAUGUGGGUAUUUUGUCCCUUCAAUGGACCUGGCAUACUUCAAGUGGGGUUUGUGAACAUUAAGCUCAACAAGAUAGGUGAACACGUGGGUGACUGGGAACACUUCACCCUUCGUGUGAGCAACUUCACAGGAGAACUAUGGUCUGUGUUCUUUUCUCAGCACAGUGGAGGAGAGUGGGUGAAUGCAUUCAACUUGGAGUAUAUUGAAGGAAAUAAACCAAUUGUUUAUUCAUCAAGGCAUGGCCAUGCAAGUUUUCCUCAUCCUGGGACCUACCUUCAGGGAGCAUCCAAACUUGGAAUAGGAGCAAGGAAUGAAACAGCUAGAAGUAAACUCAAGGUAGAUUCCAGCAGCAGGUACAAGGUUGUUGCGGCUGAGUAUCUUGGUAAGGGAGCAAUUGCAGAACCAAGUUGGUUGCAGUAUAUGAGAGAAUGGGGUCCUACUAUUGUGUAUGACUCACGUUCUGAAAUAGAAAAGUUGAUAGAUUUGCUUCCGGUGUUUCUUAGAUUGUCUUUGGUGAUUUUGUUUGAAUUGUUUCCCACGGAGCUUUAUGGUGAGGAGGGGCCAACUGGUCCAAAGGGAAAGGCCAAUUGGUUAGGAGAUGAAAAGAACCUCCGUCCUCUCUCAGUCGGCGAUAUUAGGACUCACUCUCACUCUCAGUUUCUUCUUCCUCUAUCCAUCCAGGUUUUCACUGAAUGCUUCAGUUCUACUAUUUCUGAUUUAUUGUCCUACGCAACAAUGGACUGGGCGUUUGUGCAUAAAACGUGGGAUAAGUGGGCUUCUACCAACAUUGGUUAUUCUGGUCAUCCGUUAAAAGCUGCUUUGCUAAUUAAUUAUGACCCGACUGGACCAUCCCGAUUAUUAUCUACCAUUGCUGCACAAGAAGGAAUAAAAACUAAUCCCAUUGAAUUGAGUCACUUUGUGGACUUUAUCAAACAAAAUAAACUCCAGACAGAGCUCUUCACUAUUGGAUCUAAUCAGUACUUGGUCACGUCAAUUCAUGAGAACUGGUUUAGUGCAAGGUGUAUAAACACGUCAAAGCCUGCUGGUGAAGGUGUUAUUGUUAUACAAACAUCAGCAUAUAUCUUGGUUGCUCUGUACGAAGGUUCCAUUGGUCCAGCAUCUCGUGCGAUGGCAGCUGCUGAUCAGUUAACUUGGCAAUUAGGGCGAAAAAAUCUUUAA